AUGCUGGCUCAAACAUCAGCUGGGGCGAUUGGCACCGGGCCAGCGCUAUUCAAACCCGCUCGCCUUAAUCAAUUAGUUCGUGAUUUGCUGCAGACCCCUGUCUCUCCGCGCGCUGGCCCAAUAAGCCGGCCGCGGGGCUGGCUCUGCGCGCCGCGCAGCCCGACACUGGGUCAACCCUCUUCGCGACCGCCUGGGACUCCGCGGCCCGGCCGCCGGGGGCCUCCUCCUCGCCACUGCGCGCCCGGAGCCCCUGCCGGCCCCCCCCGCUCGCUCCCCCCCCAUCCCGGGCUGGGCCGCCCCAAAUUAGCAAGCCCUCCCCGGAAUGGAGCCGCCCCCGCGGGGGGUGGGGAGCGGGCGCGGGCGCGCGGCGAGCGAACUUCCAAACUCGGGCGCGCCGCGCCGGCCGCAGGGGGAGGAGGUCCCGUGGCAGGAUGGGGGUGGGGGGGGGAGACGUCCCGUUUCGUGAGUGUUUCUUCGUUCAGGAGCUACCAGAAAGCAGCCCACCCCCACCCUCAUAAAAAAAAUAAGCGAGUGGGGAAGAGCCAGCCCCACGCCGGUCCGCCUCCCGCCCGCGGCCCGGCCUCCCUCCCGCUUGCCGCCCGGCUCGGCGUUUCUUCGCCCCGAGUUCUCCAUCCCCUGGAUCGCGGGCUCGCGGGGAAGAGGAUCGAGGAAAGAACUCGACUACCCUGUUUGGAUCAAGAUCAGCAAGGGAUGCCCACCCAGGAGGAGAAGGCAGAUUCCUUAGACCUACUGACUGCAGCAUCUACACCAGGUAACAACAGUGCUCAUUCCACCUCCUGCACCCACCACACACAGUCUUGGAAUGUAAACCCUAAUAAUUUUGCCCAGAGAUACCAACAAGAACAUGGAGUGCUGGACAUCUGGACCCAGAAGAUGAUCAUGUCCUGUUGUGGGAGGCAGAGUUCCUGCCUCCUAGGAGGACCUCCCCAUCUGAUCCACAGGAUCCCACCUGAUUCAACCACAGGCCACUGAUUUGGUUUAAGGUUUCUAGUUCUAGAAAUAUGCACAUUCCCAGGUAGCAAUGGAGGAUGAUGUUUUCAGGGUCUGCAGGUCAUUUCUAGCACCCUAGGACUGGGUUUGUCAUUCGCUGGGAGGAAGUAUGAGGUGUAAGGAUGGUUAAGAAGCAGAAUUGUCUGGGUCUGGAUCAUGGCAACCAAAUAAAGAAGCAGGGAUGACUCGAGCCCAACUUCUCAGUUUUUGCUGAGGUCCAUCCUUGGCUUCUGGGUGCUAUCUCAGGCAAGAUAUUAGAAAGAGAGUUUUAAGAUUUAGGGCUGUUUUUCGAAAAAGUCAAGUACAUAGUAGCCCCUAUAGUCUAUUUUCUGUUGUUAUAAUAAAAUCCCCAAGAUUGGGUAACUUAUAAAGCAGAGAUGUUUAUUUUGGCUCAUGGUUCUGAAGGCUGGGAAAUCUAAGACCACGGUGGUGGUGAAAGCUUCAUGCUGUUUCAACUCAUGGCAGAAAGUGGAAGGGAUCAUAUGGUGAGACAGAAAGCAAGAGAAAGCCAUGAAAGCUGGACACUUCAUAGCAUUUCCCUCCCUCCC